UUUGGCACGCUGAUGGACCUGCUUUGUUAGACUUGCUGGUACAUAAGGGACUUUCUUCUUACAGAUCAGGAGAGCAGGACGCAUUUCCAGUUACCCAGAGAACUUCAGCGUGCCUUUUGACAGCUGACAAGUUACAAACACACUCCCUUCUUACGAGCUUGUUUUAUUCCACAAACUCGAUAGAAAGAUUGGACUAUUUGAAAGUCAUGAUGGAGAUGAAGGUGCUGGGAUGCGCGUUGCUUUUUCCUCUCCAGAUCUUCUUAUGCUUACUGAGGGCGAUCGUGCGCUUCUUUACGCGCCAGAAGCGCAGAGGUCUGGGCACUGAUGUGGUCCUCAUCACUGGAGGUGGAAGAGGAAUCGGCCGUCACCUGGCUAAGGAGUUUGCCGAGCAAGGAGCAAGAAAGGUGAUUUUGUGGGGCCGCACAGAGAAAUGUUUAAAGGAGACAUGUGAGGAGAUCUCUAUGACCGGAACAGAGUGCCAUUACUUUGUGUGCGACGUGGGCAACAGAGAGGAGGUGUACCAGCAAGCCAAAGUGCUCAGGGAAAAGGUCGGGGAUGUCACCAUUCUUGUCAAUAAUGCAGCUGUUGUCCAUGGAAAAAGUCUGAUGGACAGCGAUGAUGACGCACUCCUGAAAACCCAGCACAUAAACACACUUGGACAGUUCUGGACCACGAAAGCAUUUCUGCCUCGCAUGCUGGAGCUCUGCAACGGCCACAUGGUGUGCAUUAACUCCAUUCUCUCCCUCUCCUCCAUCCCUGGAGCCAUCGACUACUGCACGUCCAAGGCCUCGUCUUAUGCCUUCAUGGAAAGCCUGACACUAGGCCUGCUAGACUGUCCAGGUGUGGGCUGCACCACGGUGCUUCCCUUCCAUACAGACACAGAGAUGUUCCAGGGCAUGAGAGUUAGGUUCCCUAAGCUGUUUCCUCCUCUGAAUCCUGAGAUGGUGGCCAAACGCACUGUGGAUGCUGUAAGGACCAACACUGCCUUCGUUGUCCUGCCAUGGACCAUGCACUUUCUUGUCAUUCUUAAGAGCCUUUUGCCCCAGUCUGCCCUGGAAGAGAUCCAUAAGUUUUCAGGAAGCUACACCUGCAUGAACACAUUCAAAGGGCAGACUUAAACUCAGAAACAGCUUGACUGUGAAAAAUCCUCAAAACUUUUCAUGCAAAGCAAGCACUACAUCCAGGAACAUCAAUCUGUUGCUUUGUGGACAAAAAAAAAAAAAAAACUGUGAAAGGGUCAGAGGAAACAGCGUGUCAAGAUGGCUUGUUUUCCCAGGAACUAUUAUGUCUGCAAGUUUGCCCUAUACUGGACUGCACACAGGCAUGUAGGUGAACGUGUUCCUUGGAUAUUGUGAUAGCAAGGAGCACAGACUGUUACAGUUAAUAAUGGUUCUUAGAAUGCUCUGAGGUUUUCAUCAGGGCUAUUUUGCCCUUGUAAGGUGUGACUUGGGAGUUUUAUUGAUUUUCACUGAUUUUAAGAACAGUAUUGUCACAAAAACAAAAGUCAAAGUCUUCAACCACAUAUGGCAAAUGU